AUGAUCAUAAGGACGUAUGGUUAUGGUAGCGGAAAAAUUGCCGGUCAUAGCAACACGUUCGGUGAAGAUAUUUCUAGGAGGAAGCACAUGCCCUGCAAGCAGACUGUUGAUGACGUUUACCACUCACGCUACAGUCAUUCACUUUCAAACGACCUCAUACUCUAUCAUGACGAGAAUAAUCAUAUGUCGAGGAUGUUCAAAUGUCCAAUGAUCUCAACUUCAAAGCUUUCCAAUGAAAGAACAUCCUCCACUUCCGUAUCGUCCUCUCAAUCCGACCUGUCCGGAUGCAGGCAAGAAGAUAAUCAUGAAAAUCACUUCAGAGACGGUAGACGCAGUGUGAAAGAUUUCAAUAGAAUUAAGAAAUUAAAAAACUUUCGGAGUCAAAGUGUGACUGCUGAAAAUGUGUUAAUCGGAGAAUUUGCCAUAAGGAAGGGCAUUGUAAAAAAAAAUGUGGAGCGUUUCAAUCAUUUCUACUAUCCUAUAUAUGCCAACGCUAUUUGCGCAGUUUGUAACGAAACGUCUAAUCAUGAUAUCAAUGAAAAAAUUAAACAGCAGACUUUCUAUUUAUCAAGCCACAAAAAUUCAUCUCAUCGUCGUGAUCACCAUCACUCUGGAGAGACUACGAAAACUGCCGAUGAGCAAGUUACUUCAAGAAUGGGUUUCGUUAACAAUGAAUGCAAACGCAAUCUGGAACAUCUACUAGCAAACUAUCAAGAGCCCAUCAACGAUCCAUUCUAUUUUUGCAAAUUAAGUCGGAAAUCAAUAUCCCAUAAUUCGUUGCAUCAAAUCACAAACAACGACCUCUGUGACAACAAUCUUCAACAAUGGCAAGAAAUCAUUUUAAAACCUGAAAAAAUGAAAUUUUUCGAAAAAAUCAUCUUCAAUCGAAUGAAUAUGAAAAUUAUACUGACGUAG